AUGUCCGCGCUGUUGAAACAAGGUUACAGUGUGUUUUCGAGAAGUUUAGCUGUCUUCUUCAAGCAGUCACUAAAUCCACCUUAUUUAUCAAUCAGUCAGAAAUGCACCAACAAUGAAUCAUUUUUGCAAACCGUCUCUAAUGGUUCCAGAUCAUUAUUUGGUGUACAUUCAGCUGCCAGCCUAGCUACUUUAGCCCAGAUGGCCAUAUGUGGCCCAUAUCAAAAGAAGCGCCCACCAAAUAAGGCAAUGAACGGAAAACCAUUUAUAAAAGGAAUCGUACUGAAGACCCUUAUACGUAAACCGAAGAAACCGAACAGUGCAAAUAGAAAGUGUGUACGUGUUCGUUUGAGCGACGGCCGUGAAAUCACAGCUCAUAUUCCUGGUGAAGGUCACAAUUUACAGGAGCAUAAUAUUGUUUUGAUUCGAGGUGGUCGGACACAGGACCUUAUUGGGGUGAAACAUAAAGUUGUACGUGGAAAGCAUGAUUGUGCACCUGUUCAGAAACCUAGUCCUAAAUAAUACUUUGUAGAAAUAUAAUUUUUGCAAGUUCUUUGGUAUUUACAUAGAUUAUGCAGGUUGAUUCCUUCUUCUGAUCUCUUAUUGCUUUUUCACUUAAUAGUUUGUUUUACGGUUAUAAGACAAUUUUACCGAUGUUUUCUUAUUCUUAAACCAGUUUAUUUUCACUCAUAUCACAGCCCUUUG